AGAUAGAUAUUGUAAACGCAUUUUAUUGACCUAUAUCAACCAUUGGCUCCCUAUAUAUCCGUAUUAUUGGCCCAUAUCAGUCGAGUUUCUCUGUGCUAUUGCAGACGUGGAACAGGUCACUCAAGCAGGCUGGACAUUUACUGAAGGAGUAGUUCUGUUUUCUUUAGCUUCCCUGUAAAAUCACAAAACCAUCAUGUGAUCACAACUGCUACAUAAUAUCAGUACAAACAGAUGUUAUUGCGAUAUGGCAUUAGUGCGGGGGAAUUACAGCCAGGUAAUAUUGAGCGUCUCAGGUCAGAAAACAUAGCACCUGUUUGAAGAACUGUUUAACAUCCUGGUUAAUGAUUAUUUGUGGAUAUGUAAGAAGCAGGAUAUUUCAAAUGCCCUCAGCAUUUUCCAUCAAUAAAGCUGACUUUGACCGAUUAAAUAAAGUCAGUGUUUAACUAAAUCACAGUUGAAGUGCAGUAAUAUUAAUGAAUGCAAAGUUAAUGUUCUAACAACAAAUUUCUAGCAUCAAGCUUUUUUUUUUCUUAUCAUUGUUUAACCUGGUUUGACCACAUUAGCGACAUUUUCUUACCAGCUGGUUAUUUUUAUUCCUGUCCGGCUGCUCUCUUUCUGCAGUUAUGUCUAGCUGGUUGAAGGACGGGGUGGUGCUGGAGGGGACAGGCAGUGGUCAGAUGUCGCCCCGCUCCAGACUGCGGACCCCCUUGCCGAGUCGGACGGCAAGGUUACACUCGUCAAACGAUGCAACCUCUCCUGACUCAGACAGACAGGACAGAAUGAGCAAAGCUAAAGAGCUCUUUGAGCUGUGUGAUAAAGAGGGGAAAGGAUUCAUCACGAAGAGAGACAUGCAGUGGCUUCAGCAAGAGCUUCCUCUGUCUCCUGAGCAGUUGGAAUCAGUGUUUGAGAGUUUGGACAGAGACAGAAAUGGUUACCUCACACCCCUUGAGUUCCACACGGGCCUAGGAGAGCUUGUUGGCUCUGGGCCGGAGGAGAGAGCGAGGAGCGGAGAGGGAGAGAUGGUCGGAGAGGAGAGAGUAGAGCCGAUGGAGAUCCGAUUCACACACAUCCUCAUGGAGCUGGGAGCUGAUAAACUCUUCAAAGAUCAGUGGGAGCUGUGUACUCUGUGGUUUGAGCUCCAGAGGGACAAACCUGAGCUGCUGGGUGUUUUGGAAGAGGUUCUUUCCUACACUGUGUCUCAUCUUCAGGAUGCACUCAAAGAGAGAGAGAAUUUAGAACAGGCACUGUACAGGAGAGAGGAAGAUCAUGACCGAGUGGUUCGGUCCAUGUAUGAAGACAUGGAGAGUCAGUUAAAAGAAGAAAGAGAGAAACGACAAGCUCUGGACAGCAUGAGGCAAGGAGACAAGAAAGAGCAGCUACUGCAAGAACUGAGGAUGCGAGAACAAGAACUUGAGUUCACACUCACCAAACAGAGAGAGUUGGAGAGCAAGAUCAACAAUCUAAGCACUGAUCAGACUGACACUCGCGGGGAGAACCGCCGACUGCAGAACAUCAACCAGCAGCUGCAGGACCAACUGGACCAGAGCCGAGAGGAGCUCCAGCAUGCUCUGAGCCAACUACAACAACUACAGAACACCAUCAAACAACAGCAGAGGGGCAAAGAGAGAGAAGUCCUGAAAGUGUCCCAAAACAUGCAGAAAGAACGGGAAAGCCUCAUGAGACAGCUGGAUCUUCUCCGAGACAUGAACAAGCGUCUUCGGGAUGAUAAAGAUGCCCAUCAGACACAGAAGAUGGUUAGUCAAAAAAAACCCUUCAUGUCUCCCACUCCUUACCCACCAUGCCGCUGUGUUCACGCCUUCUCGCCAUGGGUGCGCUCUAUUUACCCGUAUUAACCCUGCCUUUUGCCCAUGUAACAUAACCCACAAUGCAUACCUGCAGAAUGUGCAGCUAAAUGCGAACAGAUACAUUCAUCUGGAUGUAUUCCUAUGGCUUCUGCGAGCCCAUGUUACCUCGAGAAUUUGAAAUGUUGUGGAUGACGCCAGCCAUGCACUCUUCUGGAAUAUUCACAUUUUCCAGGUGCAGCUCUGGUUAGUUUAUUCUCGGGAGAGCCUUGUUCCGUUCGUCAGCCUCCAAGAGGAACAAAAACUAAUGACUUGAAGGAAACUCAAUGAAAGACCUUGUGUGGAACAUUUGAAACUGUGAAUAUGGAAUUUAGCCAAUGUGCGCCAGUGAAAUGAGUCACAUUAGGAGAAAGAUUGUUCCUUGUUCGGUCUGUUACAGAAACGAGUGUGAUUCCAAGAUAAUGGUUAUUUCUGUUUAAGAAGAGCCUUAAUCACUUCAUUCCCCUCAUUUUUUAUUUAUUUUAUUUUAUUUUUUACAAAGAAAGCCAGUCAGAAAAAAAAAAGAAAAAUAACAUAUAUGUCACUUAAUUUACCAAUUACAUUUCAGUGCCUUGAAAUAUAUGGCACUUUACCUCAUUAACUCUUAUCUUAUUUCAUAUUUUUAACUUUUUGUACUUGUAAUUUAGUACAGUUUUGUUUGGUAGUUUCUUUUGAAAUGAGCAGUUCUGUCCAAUGACAGUUUAUGUGUUUGGUCUCUGAUUGACGCAAAAUGAACAAAAUGUAGAUUAUGUUAAGAUUUAAAGUUGAACAAAUGGAUAUGUUGUCAGACAGUAAACAAUAAAAAAGUUUAUUUA